ACAACAACAGAAACAGCAGCCCUAUCACAGCAAACCAAACAGGAAAAGAAAAGAUCAAAGAAAUAAAGAGGCUUACAGAACUAUGGGAUAAUAUCAACUUAAACACAGGACAAAAAAUAACAUUUAAUACCAGAUGUGAAUACUUUCCAUCCUCCACAAAAGCAGAAUUGAUGGCAAUCCUCAUAGCAAUCGAACUCAUCCCAACAAUAGCCAAU